AUGUCAAGUCGUGAAAAGAGCAAGAAAGGUGCCAGGGAAUUGCUGGCACUUUGCGCCAAAGAGGGUGUUAAGAUCCCAACGGACCCUGUUAAUGCCGCUGUCGAAGCUGGUACGAUGCUUAACGCCACACGCGAAGAGGGUGAGUUUCAAUUGGAUGCAGCCCUGAAGGAAAUGAUCAUAAAGUUUGGUGUCAAGAAGUUGCCAUCUCCCAAGAAGAAGAAGAAGACGAAGGAGAGCAAAGAUGACGUCAAGACAGAGAGAAAAACAGGCAGGAAACGUACAAGCGACCACAUGAUAGACAAAAAACAAGAAGACAUGGACGACGAUGAAACAAAGAGCAAGAAACCUCGAAAAAUGGCUGAAGCUACAUGCAAAGCCAAUCAGACUCUUGCCGAUGCUUUUGUCGAGCUCUCGGGUUUUGAAUUCAAGCGUGGGGAGAAAUUUAAAGGUGGUACUUGGGCCAAAGUAGCCAAAGCAAUUCGUGACUGCGACUUUAUUCUUACAUGUGGUAAAGAUGCUUUACAACUCAAAGGUGUUGGGAAAUCAUCCGCUGCUAAGAUUGAUGAGUUUCUUGAGACAGGGACACUCAAGACACUUGAAGAGUAUCGAGCAGGUAACAUGUAA